AUGACGUGCUGCUCUUUGUAUAAAUUGGCCUCUGAAGUAUCGCCUGCCAAACAAUCCCAGCAGAAGCUUGCUAUUUCUCCUCAACAAUUAGGUCAGCUUCCGGUUCAGAAUUAUGACUCCCUAUAUGAACUCGGCCCCAACCAGGAGGUUCUAAAUACCCGGCCGUGGAGAAAUCUGCCCAAAUACUUCACCGAGGUGCUCAUAUCUGCUCUAGCAUUGUUGAAAAUGAGUGUUCAUGCCAAGCUUGGCGGCUCUAUUGAAGUCAUGGGCAUGCUUACUGGUAAAAUUGUCAGAAACACAAUCAUCGUCAUGGAUGUCUACUCGUUGCCUGUUGAAGGUACAGAGACCCGUGUCAAUGCUCAGAAUGAAGCUUAUGAAUACAUGGUACAGUAUUUGGAUCUUCUCAAGAGUGUUGGAAGGGAAGAACACAUCGUGGGUUGGUACCACUCACAUCCAGGUUACGGAUGCUGGUUGAGUGGAAUUGAUGUGGCCACACAAAGCUUGAACCAGAACUUUCAAGACCCGUAUUUGGCAAUUGUUGUUGACCCUAUUCUGACUGUAAAUCAGGGAAAAGUCGAGAUCGGAGCGUUUCGAACAUACCCAAUUGGAUAUGUUCCUGCGAAGAAGAACGAUGUCACCGUUGAAGCGACACAUAUCAAAUCUAAACGUAAGAAGCACGACUUUGGUAUCCAUGCAGAGCAAUACUACUCUCUCGACAUCAAGCUUUUCAAGAGUUCUACAGAUGAACCAUUGAUUGAUGCCAUUCUCAACAACUCUUGGGUUUCCAAUCUUCUACAGGCGACUACAUCGCAAAUUGAAUAUGACAAGAGGCUAGCUAUUAAGGUGGAUGCACUUCUCUCUGUCAAACGAGAAAAGGUGCCUUCUUACAAAAGAUGCUUAUUCAAAUUUGCUACUACUUUUGAAGAGAAGGUCUCGAAAGCGGGACACGGUCGCCAUGGUCCUGUAGAAGGCACAGAUACUGAAGACCAGAUGUCUAUUGAGGGUUCUGUGCCCCCAAAUUAUGGAAGUGAUGAUGGAGAUGAUGAUGGGGAUGAUGAUGACGAUGACGGUGAUGACGAUGACGACGAUGACGACGAUAUCGAUAUUGACAAAGACGACCGUAAUAGCAGUGCUAUGGAGUUACAAGAAGAUAAAAAUGACAAGAAGCGGGGACUACGGACAUCAUCGGUAGACUCCAAACUGAGUCUAUACUUUGAGCCAUCCCAUUCUGGAACGAGAAAACGGUUUGCUACUGGAGGCAACUCUGCGCUUGGUAACGAGCUCAAUUUUAAGAUGCAGACAGCCCAGUCGGAGAUCAAACGGCAACUGAGAAAUGUUUUGAAAGUGGGGCACUCGGAGCUUAUUCAGAUGAUGGCCAACCAGACUCGUCGCAAGGUCUUUGGUGGAUUCGACCCGAAGGAUUAG